AUGUGUUUGUACAUCUCUGUCUGGGAUCAUUUGUUUGCUCUCUCGUUUCCUUCUUGGUCUUGUUUGAAUGAAGAGUUGACAGGGAUCUCAGGUGGAAAUCGAAGCCAGAGACAUUAUUUGAAUGAGGAGUUGACAGGGAUCUCAACAUUUGUGGGGAAAACUGAUGUUGAGUUUAUCGAUGGUGAAAUAGUUUGGGAUGGGGAAGAAGUGAACGAAGGAGAAGAGGUUAAGGAAGAAGAAGAAGAAGUUUUGGGUGGAGAAGAAGUUAAGGGUAAAGAAGAAAGUAUGGAUGGGGAAGAAGUUUGGGAUGGAGAAGAAGUUAACGAGGGAGAAAUGAUCAUGGAUGGAGAAGAAGUUAAGGAAGGAGAAGAAAUUAGGGAUGAUGAGGAAGAAAGUAAGGAUGGAGAAGAAGAAGUUAUGGACGAAGAUGAUGUUAAGGAAGGAGAAGAAACUAAGGAAUGA